AAAGGUGGUGUUCUCCAUCUUAUUCAGGUGGCCUGGCUGGACAAGAUUGACAGGCGCUAUGCUUGGAUAAAGCGUCAGCUGGUGGACUAUGAGGAGAAGUACGGGCGCAUGUUCCCCCAGGAGUGGUGCAUGACGGAGCGCAUCGCUGUGGAGUUCUGCCACGUCACCAGGACAGAGCUCGCUAAGAUAAUGCGCACGAGAGCAAAGGAGAUUGAGGUGAAACUGCUUUUGUUUGCAAUUCAAAGGACAACGAACUUUGAAGGACUUCUGGCUAAACGCUUCUCAGGUUGCACUCUAACUGAUGGGACAGUGAAAAAGCCUGAAGUGCCUCCUCCCUCCACCAACCCGUUUCUGGAGGAUGAAACUGGGACAGAGACAGAUGAAAUUAUGAUUGAGAAAAGUGAUAUGGACAAACCAAAGAAGCCGAAGGUCCCUGACAACCCUUUCCACGGCAUUGUUUCCAAGUGCUUUGAGCCUCACCUUUAUGUGUAUAUUGAGUCGCAGGACAAAAAUCUCGGCGAACUCAUUGACAGGUUUGUGGCUGACUUCAAGGCUCAAGGUCCCCCCAAGCCCAACGUGGACGAAGGAGGAGCCGUCCUGCCCAGCUGCGCCGAUCUCUUUGUGUACUACAAGAAGUGCAUGGUGCAGUGCUCCCAGCUCAGCACAGGCGAGCCCAUGAUAGCCCUGACCACCAUAUUCCAGAAGUACCUUCGGGAAUACGCCUGGAAAAUUCUGUCUGGAAACCUGCCCAAGACAACGAGCAGCAGUGGUGGGCUCACCAUCACCAGUUUGCUGAAAGAAAAGGAAGGCUCUGAAGUGGCCAAGUUUACUUUAGAAGAACUCUGCCUCAUUUGCAGCAUCCUUAGUACUGCAGAGUAUUGCUUGGCCACCACACAGCAGUUGGAAGAGAAACUCAAAGAAAAAGUGGAUGCAAGUCUAGUGGAGAGAAUCAACCUGACAGGAGAGAUGGACACUUUCAGCAUUGUGAUCUCCAACAGCAUACAGCUGCUAGUACAGGACCUGGAUGCAGCCUGUGACCCUGCCCUGACUGCUAUGAGCAAGAUGCAGUGGCAGAACGUGGAGCACGUUGGUGACCAGAGUCCUUAUGUCACCUCGGUGAUUCUCCACAUUAAGCAGAACGUCCCCAUCAUCCGUGACAACCUGGCCUCCACGAGAAAGUAUUUCACCCAGUUCUGUAUAAAAUUUGCCAACUCCUUCAUUCCCAAGUUCAUUAACCACCUCUUCAAGUGCAAACCCAUUAGCAUGGUGGGCGCAGAACAGCUGCUGCUGGACACUCACUCUCUGAAGAUGGUGCUCCUGGAUCUGCCCUCCAUCGGGUCCCAAGUGGUGAGGAAGGCUCCCGCCAGCUACACCAAGAUAGUGGUGAAAGGCAUGACUCGGGCUGAAAUGAUCCUGAAGGUGGUUAUGGCUCCGCACGAGCCUCCGGUUGUGUUUGUCGACAACUACAUCAAGCUCCUUUCUGACUGCAGCACUGACACUUUCCAGAAGAUACUGGACAUGAAGGGCCUGAAGAGGAGCGAGCAGAGCAGCAUGCUGGACCUCUUCCGCCUGCGCCUCCCUUCUCCCCCCUCCGGAGCAGAGAACACCGGCUCCCUCUCUCUGAGUGCUCCCACACCCGAGCAGGAGUCCUCUCGGAUACGGAAACUGGAGAAACUCAUCAAAAAAAGACUCUAAGGGAACAGAAGGAAGCUGUUGCUCAGGACCGGCUGCAGUGACUGGGAGCAAAGCUCGUCACAUUUAGGAUUUACAGUAUGCUGCUGGAAUAUCCGUGUCCUCUCACUCCCUCUGAUCUCUU